GGCUGUCUCAUGUUUCAGUACAAGCUGCCGUCGAAGCGGCUUUACACGACUAUCAUAUUCAUUUCACCAGCGGUAGAAACACCCUUUCGCUCCCGAACUAUCUCGUUGACCUUUGUAUCCCCUCCUUGAGGCUUCAACGCGCUUCCAAACUAGCUUUCUGGCUCAUUUUCGUUCCUUUAUUUUGUGUUGUCAUUGUUGUCUAUCAUGUCUCAAGAGGGUGUUAGCAAAGAUGUACAAGACCGGUUGAUGAAGGCACGAAUUCAUCAUAGGACGAAGGGUACCGUACCUUGGCCAGUCAAGCUUUCUCAGACGCAUCUAGCAUUCGACAAUUGGAACCAAAUGUUCAUGAAGAACCUGUGUCGUAAUAUCACUAUGCACCAGUUCGAUGCUCCGCCGUCGCGAGUAUUGGACUUAGGUUGCGGUUGCGGACUCUGGAUCCUCGAGGCUGCACAAGAAUGGAAAGAUACACAGUUUGUUGGCUUUGAUAUAUACAAUAAACAACCAGACCUUCAGAGGUUAGGCAAUAUUGUAGACGUGAUAAAGGAAUCUGGAUUACGACGUAUAUCCCCUCGAGUGCAUUGGGUGCACGGUAAUAUGCUGGAGCGGCUGCCUUUCGAAGAUGGUGAAUUCGAAUUUGUUCGCAUAUGCAAUGUUGCCCUCGGUGUUCCAGAGGAUGAGUGGCCAGACAUAUUUCAGGAAAUAGCUCGAAUAUUAAAGCCAGGCGGUGUUCUCGAGAUCGUCGAGGAUGAUCUGAUAUUUCCUACUGGUCCUGGGCCGGAACGACGUUCACUGUUUAAAAGCCAUUCAUUGCUCUCAGUCCCUCUGUCCUUUCAAGGUGAUGACCCCUCCAGAAGAUCUGAUGGAGGAGACCUCCUGACUCCUACAGUAACAUCACCCAUCUCAGCUGUUUCAAAUCCGGCCCCAUGGAAUACAUCCCCGCAGCUUCAUGUCGACGACCCGACUCUCCAACCGACCAAUAUCAUUCAUCCAAGUAGUCUAGCUGCAUCUACUAUGCGACAAGCAUUGAAAGCUCAGCAACGACAGGGGAGCAAUGAAGACUUGUCUGAUUUCAUGAACCCGCAGGAUCAUACAAAAUUGAAACAAGCAUGGCAAAAGAUGCUUCAAAAGAGGUGGAUAUCUGCGAGACCUCUGUCUGUCAUUCCGCUAUUCCUUUCUGCCGAGUUCCGUGAAGUCCGAACACAUCCAACUUUACGUGUUCCUAUUCCACCCAACUCCGAUUCAGUUACCCUUAAAGACACUUCGUCUGUCCUUUCGGAUACCGAACCUGACUUCAUCAUCGACCUCAAGGCACAUUCGAUCCGAAAACGGUCCGUUGAAUCGCAGACGCCUGCAGGUGACACUUCGUCAAUGCACUCUGUGCAAUCAGAUUCAGCGACAAUGCAUUCAUGGGCUGCCAUGCAUCUGGCAAGGGCCGUCAGUGUCGUCGAGAGUUGCAAAGAAGCUAUUUGGCAAGAAUAUAGGAACUUUGACUUGAUGUUUCCGGAAUUGGAUAAAUAUGACCUUCGGGAUGAGUUUGAGGCUUGUUGGAAGAACUGGCAUAAUGAUAUGGUAGACCGUAUUGGAAUGCGUAAUAAGAUCGGCCGCAGCGUCGGUUGGCCAUUACCCUUCGAAAUCGCACAAGAACUACCUGAUUGGCGUAUCUGGCGUGCGCGACUAGGCAAAGUCUCCGAUUCAGACAUCCUGAAAGCUUUGGACACUGAUCCCGCUGAAAAGGAUCACGAUGAAGACAUAUGUAGAUGCCUCAAAGGGACGACCGGACAUGCCUACCCUAUGCUCAUGCUAAUACUUCGGUUUUCAUUGGAUGCUAUGUUUCAUAUACCAUUUCUAGUACAUAUACCUUAUAUCUAUUCCUUCACUCUGCUUCGUGCAACCUUUUCUUUCUAACAUAGUGGAUUGCUGCACAUUACCCAUGCCAAUGCUCAUGAUGUUGACGACUCGCUCUUGCACAUGGGCGAUCCACGAACAC